CAAUGUUCUUAUAUCCAAUUAUGAUCACCCCACGAAACGUAUAAAUUCAAAACCGAAACCCUUGAAAAAAUCAUCAUCAUCAUCUCUCUCAUUACAGUUUCAUUCCUCCGGAAGUAUUCAUUAUUCAAUUCAUCGUUGAAACCUCGUCUCGACUUUAAUGGCGCCCAAGGCAGAGAAGAAACCGGCGGAGAAAGGACCACCGAAGGCGGAGAAGAAGAUCGCGAAGGAAGGAGGAACGAGCGAGAUCAAGAAGAAGAAGAAGACGAAGAAGAGCACGGAGACGUAUAAGAUCUAUAUUUUCAAGGUGUUGAAACAGGUUCAUCCAGAUAUUGGAAUCUCUGGUAAAGCAAUGGGGAUCAUGAACAGUUUCAUCAACGACAUAUUCGAGAAACUCGCUCAGGAAUCGUCUCGUCUCGCUCGUUACAAUAAGAAACCGACGAUCACGUCACGUGAGAUCCAAACCGCCGUGAGACUCGUUUUGCCUGGUGAAUUGGCUAAGCAUGCUGUCUCUGAAGGAACCAAAGCCGUCACCAAAUUUACAAGCUCUUAAGAAUAGAUUAGAUAUGUGCAUGUGCUGUUGCUUCCUUUUUUUUUGUUGGGUCUUUAAAUUUGAUCAAAUCUUCUCAUAUGAUGAUGAAGAUGAUAC